AUGUCAAGUUUUGUAAGAUUUAACACAAAAGAGAUAGACGAUAUUCAUCACCCAUUAUUCCAAACAAAAAUAAAAACAACUCAAGACAUAAUUCAUAAUGCAUUUAAAACAGAAAAAACAAUGUCUGAAACACUGAAUAAAGUUGUUUCACGGGGAAGUGAAUAUUUAUCAUAUUUACAAGAAGUUAUAGACACGUUUGAUUCAUUUAGAGAUAUGACGAAUGAAAGUGAGGAAUAUAGUUCAUUUCUUGAUUCAACAAGAAAGUCAGUUGAAAGACAACGUCAAUUUCUUAUGAAAGUGAUUGAUUGGAAAAUACAAAUGGAUUUAAUGAUUAAUAAACAAUCAACCAAAUUUGAGACAAGUGAAAAAGAAUAUAAUAAAGAGAGAAAAGUUUAUGACACUGAAUUUAAUAAAUUAGUUAAAUCAAAAACUAGUUUAAAUGAACGAGUUUUUUUUUUAGAAAAAGGAAUAGAAAAUGCUACUAUACAAUUUUGUGAAGAAAUGAAUAUAACAAUAUGGAAUUUUGGUCAAGUCAUUCAAUCUAAUGGAAUUCAAUUCAGUGAAUUAAUCAAUGAAUGUAUUUCAGAUUGUAAUAAAAAUAAUACUAAAUCAACACCAUCUAAGAAAAUUAUAUUGCAAGAAGCAACAAAAGAAAUUGUACAACUUCCUAAAAACAAAAAAGGAGGAAUAUUAGUAAGUAAAGGGAAAUUAGGAUUAGGAAUACGACAAUACUAUUAUAUAAAAGGAAAGAAUUUAAUGAUAUUUAAUGAAAAAAAAGGAGAGAGUAUUGUUACUGAUAUUCUUACAUCAUUAGCUAAACCACAAAGUGAUAAUCAUUCAUUUGAAUUAAUUACACCAAGUCAACAAGAUAUUUAUUAUACAAGUUGUUUUAAUGAAAUGGAAAGAUGGAUUAACAUGUUUGAUAAGGUUAAAAAAGAUAUUGAAUAUUACAAUGACAAAAAUGAUAUUAAUGAAAGUAUUAAUCCAAUUAAUCUUACUAAUAUGAUUUGGAAAAUACCUGGUAAUAAUCGAUGUGCUGAAUGUGGAAAAUUAGAACCAGAAUGGAUAUCAUUAAAUUUAGGAAUUGUUAUUUGUUUAGAAUGUUGUGGAGCACAUAGAAGUCUAGGUGUAAGAGUAUCACGAGUAAAGUCAUUAUUAAUGGAUAAGAUUGAAGGAGAAUCUAUAAGCAUUGUAAGAAAUCUAGGAAAUAAUUUUAUUAAUUCUAUUUAUCAAGCAAAUGGUCAUGGUUAUCUUAUUCAUGAGAAUGCAAAUGGGUCAGAGAGAUAUAAUGCUGUUCAUGAAAAAUAUAUUGAAAAAAAGUUUAUUAAGAAAGAAUGUCAAUUAAACAUUGAAAAUGAGAUAAAAAAAGGAAACAUUCAAGGUGUUGAAGAAUGUAUUUCCAUUUAUGGAAAUCAAAUCAUUAAAGAUAACUAUUUGACUCUUGCCACUCGAUGUAAUAAAGAGGAUAUUGUAACAUUAUUACUUUUGAAUGGAUGUAAUGUUAAUACCCAAGAUGAACAAGGAAAUACUCCACUACACAUUGCUUCAGAAUUAAAGAAUGAUCAAAUGAUUUUAAUAUUAAUACGACAUGGUGCAUCUCUUAACAUUACAAAUAAAGAAAACAAAUUACCAAUUGAUAUUGCGAAAGAUGUGUCAUAUGAUUUUGGUCAAAAAAUACUUACACCAGACUGUCCAAAAGAAUUGAUGACAUUAACAUUAGAUAAGAAAGAUAAUGAAUAUCUUUAUUCAAUUUGUUCAGAGUGA